GUUCACCUUAAUUCCAUUAGGAACUCUAGCACAUUCCAGCACUUUUCAUUGUGCUGAACAAGAAGCCGGAUGAUCUCUAUCAUAAAAGGCCUCUGAUUCGAAAACAAAAUGUUGUUUCAGUUCAGUUCUGCUGAAUGUGCAAGGUCUCUGUUAAAUUUGCACUUUCAGCGAGACAUGGGGGACUAUAAAACCCAUAGACAGCCCAUGUUUCACUUGUACUGAUUUAGUUGGACUCCUCUUGGAACAGUCUUCAUUUUCUAUUCACACAAAGGUGCCACCAUGACCAGCCAGCAAAUGGAGACCAUGGGCCAGUGGAAGAUCACUGUAUGGGAAGAAGAAUUCUUUCAUGGGAAACAUUGUGAGUUCAUCAUGGAGUGUCCCAACAUCAUGGAUCGGGGAUUCCAAAAAAUUCGCUCCAUUAAGGUGGAAUGUGGCCCAUGGGUGGGUUAUGAGUACCCAGAGUUCCAAGGGCAGCAGUUCAUGCUUGAGAAGGGAGAUUACCCUCGCUGGGAGGCCUGGAGUGGGAACAGUGGCUACAGGACUGAGCAUCUCCUUUCCUUCAGACCAGUUAGAGCAGCUAAUCACAGUGACAGCAAGGUGACAUUAUAUGACUGUGACAAUUUCCAGGGCCGCAAGUUUGAACUUUGUGAUGACUAUCCAUCUCUGCAAGCCAUGGGAUGGUGCAAUAAAGAGGUGGCUUCCAUCAAAGUCAACUCUGGAGCCUGGGUGGCCUAUCAGUUCCCUGGAUACCGUGGCUAUCAGUACGUCCUGGAGAGGGAUCGACACACUGGUGAAUACAAGAACUACAAUGAGUAUGGCACCCAGGCCCAUACCAACCAGAUUCAGUCCAUCAGGCGGGUUCAACACUAAAUGCUCACCUUCCAUGCUCUUUCUGCUCCCAUCAGAUGUUUUCUGGUGAAGUGAUGAUUCUGGUUUAAUCUAACAUGAACUUGCAGACAGCAAUACGUUGGAAAUAAAACAUUUUCUUUAAUCAAA